UAAUUCAGCGGGAGUUUCCGAGUUAAUAUAAGAAAAACCAGCAGUUGAAGGGGAUGCGGAUAACGUGCCGUUUCCGGAAAAGAAGUUUCUAACGUAUUUACUCAUUCCAUAUAUUGGAGGCUUAGAGACCGGUGGUGUUUGCAAGGAGGCGGAGACAUUAUUGCGGUAUUCUAUUCAUCCACGAGAAUUUCCCUCUUUCACACACAAAGAGUAAGAAAUAGCAACGAUAAGACGUCAACGGUGACGGAAAAGACCGAGGCCUCCUGUGUGUUUGUUGUAAGAGUAGGUUAUAAUCCACGCAUGCGUGAUGUUAACUGAAGGCAAGAUGGCGGCCGUCUUGACUCCGGUAGAGGAACAGGCCACAAAAAUAUUUCUUGAUCAUUUAAACCGGGCACGAGAAAAUUAUGGUGCUGCUCCUGUUUCUUGGAAUAUAGCUGUACGCUUUCUGAUGGCACGAAAAUUUGACAUCAAGAGAGCCUUGGAACUCUUUAAAAACCAUAUGGCACUGAGACACAAGGAAUGUCUAACACAAAUAGUUCCAACAGAAGAACAACUUAGUAAAGAAUUACAUAGUGGCAAAUUUACUAUUUUGCCGAAUCGGGAUUCAGGUGGAGCAGCAAUAGCACUCUAUACAGCCAAGCUGCAUAAUCCCAGCACUACAUCAUCCCAUACUGUCCUUAAAGCAGUCGUCUUCCAGUUAGACCAUGCUUUGGCUGAUGCCAAUACACAACGGAAUGGACUCGUCUUUGUUUACAAUAUGACAGAUUCCAACCUCUCCAAUUUUGAAAUAAACUUCAGCCGAAAGCUACUGAGCAUGCUUCGUGAUGGUUAUCCAGCAAGGUUGAAACGUGUUUACGUUGUGGCGCCACCACUCUGGUUCAAAGCAAUGUACGGAAUUCUAAAACCACUUUUGAAGGAAAAAAUCAGGGAAAGAGUAAUCCUAGUAAAUUUAGAGAGGUUAGUGAAAUUUCUUCCAAAGGAGUCCCUUCCAAGUGAAUUAGGUGGCACUGCAGUUUUGAACCAUAUGGACUGGUUGAAAUCAUGUUUAAAUGCUUCAUACGAAAAGCGAAUAACUACAGAUUUUUGUGAAGAGCUAAACGACGGACCGACGGCGCUUUCAGCAAAUGAAAAAGCUGUUGAAUUGUUUUCACAAGAUAAUUAUCUUACAUCAAGGACAAUUUCGAUAGAUUCUAACAAAGACCAAAGAACUGAUAUGUUAAACUCUGUUCUGCCAAUUCAAGCAAGUAAUUGGCAGCAGAGCCCUUCCAUCGAGGCAAGUGUCUCGCCUUCCACGAAUGGGAUUGACAGUAACGGCGACAACAUGGCCGUACACCCCGUCAUCGACCCCAAAAUAUUCGCGAUUGUGCAAACGUUGCAAGUGACCAGUGAUGAUGAAGAUGGCGAUAUGCCAUCAUUACCACCGCCAAAACCACCAAGACCAGAACCUGGUACAAACUCCCCACCACCACCGAUACCAGUGCGGGUGUCCAGUACGGUUCCUGAUGGGGAGAGCAUUCACCGACUUGAAGAUAAGGGCAUGACACCGGCAGAGUUGGUGGAGCAUAUGCAAGAAUUGAAGCAACACGGGAUCUAUAAAGAAUAUGCCGAUAUCAGAAGUGAACCGCCUUCAGGAUCAUUUUCUUACUCAAAGAGCAAAAGAAACAUUCCCAAGAAUCGCUACGCAGACGUACUGUGCUUCGACCACAGCAGGGUGAGGCUAGUGGCAUCCGAGGAUGAUUUAGCAUCGGACUACAUCAAUUCAAACUAUGUUGAUGGGUUCAUGCAUAAAAAUGCUUUCAUAGCAGCGCAAGGACCAUUACCAAAUACAAUUAAUGAUUAUUGGAGGAUGAUCUGGCAAGAAAACAUUCUUGUUAUUGUAAUGACAACAAGGACAGUGGAGCGAGGGCGUACGAAAUGUGCGCAGUACUGGCCGCCGGAUCCAGAGACAGCUGAGGAGUAUGGACAAAUGACGGUCGUUAAUUUAGAAGUCGAAAAGAAGAGAGAUUACAUAGUGUCAACUUUAUUUGUACAAAAUAAUUCGUUAGGGGAAUGCAGAAAGAUUGCUCACUAUCAAUUCACAAGUUGGCCAGAUUUUGGUGUGCCACGUUCAGCACUUGCUAUGCUUGAAUUCCGUGAUGAGGUUCGUCAGUACCAGAGGGAAGCAGUGGAGUCCAUGGGAUCCGACUGGACCGGCCAUCCAAACGGACCUCCUAUCUUGGUGCAUUGUAGUGCGGGAAUCGGUAGAACAGGAACUUUCUGCACAAUUGAUAUCACCUUAGCCCGCUUGGAGGUUACCCAGAAGCUGAACAUAUAUGACACAGUACGUAAAAUGCGAACACAGCGUGCCUUUAGUAUUCAGACACCAGACCAGUACGAAUUCUGCCACUUUGCGGUUCUAGAGAGCCUGCAACGGGCGGGGAAGCUUCCACCAGUUGACUGGACCGCAUACGAGGAAUGCCAGGAUAGUGAUAGUGACUGAGUUGAAUGUUCGGUUUUAAAAAAAAAGUUUGCUCAUGAGAAUAACACAUACACCCACCCACAUACUCAUACACCCACACACACAUACACUACAUGCAUUAGGUGUACAUGCAUCAGCUUACAUUUAUGUGCAUAUGUUUCUGUGUAAAUAUCAAUGUUAGUGUAUGUGUUAUUGCAUAUUUAUAAGUCUAACACAUUUAUUUAUAUUCAGUGGAAAUUUAUACUAGGCUCCAUUGAUUUUGAGCCUAUAGAUCUUUGCUAUAUUGAAGCAACAUCCAUCUUCGUAGAGGUUGUCCAAAAUGGCAAUUAUAGGCCUAAAAUUUUAGGUUCUGUCCUCUGGGUUACUACUCCAAAGUUGCAAUAUGAACAUCAUUCUAAUCUUGUAUAUGAAUUGCAGAAUUUGAAACACCAGAUAAUUGGCCUAGCUUUGAUUUUAUGGGAUUAGAUUCAGUUAAUUAUUUACAGAUUAAUGCUUGGAUUAAGUAGGCUUACAUAAUAGAUAUUUAGAAUGAAAUUUUAUUUGAAUAAAAUCAGUUUAGAGACAGUGGGGAUGAUCUGACAUCACAAUUCAUUUUGAGCUAAUAUUGUUUAACAAUGUUAUGCUUUAAGAAGAGAAUAAUUUUGAAUAGGGAUUAAAUAAAAUCUCAUUGGAUCUAAAACUACUUAAUAAAUUUUUUUUAAAUAUGCCUAAAUUGUGUCAUCUAUUUUCCAAUAUAUAUGUUCCGUAGAGAAAUUUCUUGUAAAAAAAUGUUGCAUAGCCUAAUACUUAGGCUAUUUACCAUAAUCUGGUCUAUGACAGGUUGUAGUGGUAAAUUUUCAUCAUUGUAAAUUCAUAUAAAUUAUGCCAAUAUUGAUAAAAACAGAUGUAAACUAUGCUUUACAAUGCAUUAUAUACUUAUAAAGCUAUUUUUAAACUUUGUUAAAAUACCCAUGGGUUGUAUUCAUUAUAUUAAGGGGUCAUAGGUGGAAUUAAAUAUAAAUAGGUGUACCCCAUUAAAAGAUGUGACGCAUUGUUUUGAACACAUUUUAUUACAGUUUUUUUCUCUUAGUUUACUCUAUGAAUUGGUAGAAAUCUGGAAUUAUUUAUAUAUUAUUUGUGUAAAUGCAAAAGAAUAUAGGAAUGUUUGGUGCUAAGUUGUGAUAUUAAGGUGCAUGGUAGGUAGUAUAGCCCUCCCCUGUAAAGCCCCUUAGAAUUUUUAGCAAAACAGUUGUGAAGGGUUAGUCUACUUUUUCUUGUGGUAGGUUUAGAAUAAAGAUUUAUAUAUUUUAGCUGAUUUAUUUACGGGAAAAGCUAAUGUUUUGUUAGCAGUCAUUUAAUUUGUACUGUGUAUAUUUUAUAACAUUGAUAGUCAGUGAUUUUGUUUGCUGAAUAAAAAACAUCAAUAGUUGAUAAUCUACCACUAUAUACUAUAUUGGAUAUUAAUUUAUGGAAGAUUUGAU